CCAAGCCCUAAGAGCCAGAAUCGAGAAAUAAAAGCUAUCAGUUUCCUACGCUAGACUAUUGAUCUUGGAUAUCAGAUGCUUACUUGGCGAUAAGUAGGUGGUAAAAAUAUUCCUAUAAAAUGUACUACUACAUGAAUGUGUCUCCAUAAAAAUGCAUUACAGCUCAGAGGGUUUAAAUUUGUUUAUACUAGUCAAAGUAUACUGCUUCCAACUAGUCUGAGAAACGGUGUUAUUUGAUUGUGUGCCUAUGGUGAGUAUCAUUUGUUAUUAUUGUUCAAUCGGACAGUCAUCAGCUACUAAAAGACUUUCUCAGCAGCCACUGACAAAGAAAAAAAAUGACACCACUGGCCGAGCUGUAAAACAUGAACUCACAGAAGAUCAAAAACAAGAAAUACGCGAGGCAUUUGAACUUUUCGAUACUGACAAAUCAGGAACAAUAGAUGUCAAGGAGUUAAAGGUUGCUAUGCGAGCAUUGGGUUUUGAGCCGAAAAAGGAAGAGAUAAGAAAGCUUUUAUCUGAAUUUGAGUGUGACAAUAAAGAAUUCAUUGAAUUUUCCGAUUUCUUAAAGAUGAUGUCCCUAAAAAUGCAAGAUAAAGAUGCGAAAGAGGAGAUGCUGAAAGCUUUUCGCCUUUUCGAUGAUGAUGAAACUGGCAAAAUAUCUUUCAAGAACCUUAAGCGUGUUGCGAAGGAAUUGGGAGAAAACCUGACUGAUGAAGAGUUGCAAGAAAUGAUUGAUGAGGCUGAUCGUGAUGGAGAUGGAGAAGUCAAUGAACAAGAGUUCUUACGGAUUAUGAAAAAGACCAGUUUGUAUUAAGGUCAUUCGUGUAUUUCCUGGUUGUGAUCGCUAUCGCCUAACUUCACCGUUUGAUGUAUCAUGCUCAUGACACAUGACUUCCGAAGACCAUAAUCUUCGUGAUACUUUUUUCGCUGCUCUAACAUUUAUGAUAUUUGAAGUUGACUGAUAUCAAAAGAAUUUUUAGUUUGUACUUCCUCAAAUUGUUCGUUGCUUCGAAUGAUGAUAAGUGAAAAAUAAAGUCGCUUUCACAUGGUUG